AAUCCGGCUCCUGCAACAUCAUCAGCAGCAGCGCCUGGCUGUAGGAUGCAUCUGGCUACCGAGACGGUACCCUCCAUGGCAACAUACUCUUCACACUUCAAUGCUUCUCCUCAUUCACAUCCUUCAUCAGUCAGCUCUUCAUCUAAUUUAUCAACCAUGACUUCUUUAGACAGUCACAAUGUGUAUCUAGGAUCUACCCUUAAUGCUCCUAGAGCAAUGACAUCAAAUAUGAAUUCUCUAUGUUCCCCUGGGAAUAACAUAGGUCCUUCAUAUCGAGUGAUUACUUCAUCAAUGGGAUCGCACUGUUUGUCUUCUCCACCCAAUAUCAAUUAUUCUGGACAUGACAGUUCGCAGCUUAAUGUUAUAAACAACGUAAGCUGCUCAGAAGAUAUAAAACCUCCACCAGGAUUGAGUGGCCUGGCAAGUCCUUGCAUUAACAGUUAUUCCUGCAACAGCCCUGGAGCUUUAACCAAACACAUAUGUGCCAUCUGUGGGGACAGGUCUUCAGGCAAACAUUAUGGAGUGUACAGCUGUGAAGGUUGCAAAGGAUUCUUUAAGCGAACUAUAAGAAAGGACUUGGUCUACACUUGUCGAGACAAUAAAGAUUGCUUAAUAGACAAGCGCCAGCGUAACCGAUGUCAGUAUUGUCGAUAUCAGAAGUGCCUGGCCAUGGGCAUGAAGAGGGAAGCAGUUCAAGAAGAAAGACAAAGAAGUAGAGAAAAAAGCGACACAGAGGCAGAAUCCACAUGCAGUACAAGUGAGGAAAUGCCAGUGGAAAGAAUUCUAGAGGCUGAACUUGCUGUGGAACCAAAGAUUGAAGCGUUUGGAGAUCCUAGUUUACCUAAUUCAACUAAUGAUCCAGUUACCAAUAUAUGCCAUGCAGCUGAUAAGCAGCUUUUUACAUUAGUUGAAUGGGCAAAAAGAAUUCCACACUUUUCUGAUUUGCCUUUAGAAGAUCAAGUAAUCCUCCUAAGAGCAGGCUGGAAUGAGCUGCUGAUAGCUUCUUUUUCUCAUCGUUCAGUGUCUGUUCAGGAUGGUAUCCUUCUCGCUACUGGUCUGCACGUUCAUAGGAGCAGUGCACACAAUGCAGGUGUAGGCUCAAUAUUUGACAGGGUGCUGACAGAACUAGUAUCUAAAAUGAAGGACAUGGAAAUGGAUAAAUCAGAGCUGGGUUGUCUGCGAGCUAUUGUUUUAUUUAAUCCAGAUGCAAAAGGACUAUCUAAUGCUGCAGAGGUAGAGGCAUUACGUGAAAAGGUAUAUGCCACUCUGGAAUCAUAUACCAAACAAAGGUAUCCAGACCAACCGGGGAGGUUUGCAAAGCUACUGUUACGACUACCAGCUCUGCGAUCCAUUGGACUAAAGUGCCUGGAGCACCUCUUCUUCUUCAAGCUGAUUGGAGACACCCCCAUUGAUACAUUCCUCAUGGAGAUGCUGGAGACACCCCACCAAAUCCCAUAAUGCCAUGCACUGUACUCAAAAACACAUAUACUGGAAAUUAAGGCCCUUAACAAAGUGCUGCAAACAUACACACAAACAUACCAUUCAAACAUUUGGGGUCACUUAGAAAUGUCCUUGUUUUUUUAAAGAAAAGCAAAUUUUGUCCAUUAAAAUGACAU